CCCAUAAUAUAGUUAUAUAGAAAACCCUAGCUUAACAAUACAUAAACCUUCUCUCUUCACCACCAUCAUCGAGCUGCUACUCUGCAACCAUGUCGAAGCGAGGAAGAGGAGGAACCUCUGGUAACAAGUUCAGGAUGUCACUGGGUCUUCCAGUGGCAGCCACUGUGAACUGUGCUGACAACACUGGAGCCAAGAACCUUUACAUCAUCUCCGUUAAAGGUAUCAAGGGUCGUCUUAACCGUUUGCCGUCUGCAUGUGUUGGUGACAUGGUUAUGGCUACUGUGAAGAAAGGUAAACCUGAUCUACGUAAGAAGGUUCUGCCAGCUGUCAUUGUUAGGCAGAGGAAGCCUUGGCGCCGAAAGGACGGUGUCUUCAUGUACUUCGAGGAUAAUGCUGGUGUCAUUGUCAAUCCCAAGGGUGAAAUGAAAGGAUCUGCUAUCACUGGACCAAUCGGGAAGGAGUGUGCUGACCUGUGGCCAAGGAUCGCAAGUGCUGCAAAUGCUAUCGUUUAAGAUCUCUCAGUUUGUGUUUGUUGAACGUUUAUCUCCUCUGUUGAGGAUACUUUGUUUUUGUGCUAGACUUAUAGUUCCGGUUUGUUACUUAAUUAUAGUUUGGUUUGACCUUUAA